AGAAUUAAUAAAAACCUCUAAGAUUACUAUCCACAAAAAGUCUGCGAGCCAAAACAUUUUAAUUUAUUCUCUGUGGACUAAAGAAAAAUACUUAAUACAUCACCAUGGUCGAGUGGACAGAUGCUGAGCGCAAGGCCAUCUCAACUCUGUGGGGGCAGAUCGAUGUGGGGGAGAUCGGACCCCAAGCUCUGAUUAGGCUUCUGGUUGUGUACCCCUGGACUCAGAGACAUUUUGGAUCUUUUGGCAACCUGUCCACCUACGCUUCCAUUGUUGGAAAUGCCAAAGUGGCUCAACAUGGAAAAACUGUGAUGGGUGGACUGGAAACAGCUGUGAAGAAUCUGGACAACAUCAAGCAGGCCUAUGCCAAGUUGAGUGUUAUGCACUCUGAGAAGCUCCAUGUAGAUCCAGAUAACUUCAGGACUCUUGCUGAAUGCAUCUCAGUGGUUGUGGCUGCUAAGUUUGGCCCCAGCGUUUUCACCCCUGGAUUCCAGGAGGCCUGGCAAAAGUUCCUGGCUGUGGUGGUCGCUGCCCUGGGCAAACAGUACCACUGAGGAAAUAUAAAUUACGCAACAGUCUUUGACAUCCAACAGGUUUUGUGAAGUUUUAAGAAUCCACUGUUUGCUGUUUUGAAGCUUUUGCAGACUCAAAAUAAAAACAAAUGAAAAAAAAAA